CUCCAGACAGGAGGUGAGGACAUCCCCCACCAACAGCCAACAGGGAGAGGAGGAGGAGGAGGAGGAGAGUGAGGGAGAGAGAGAGGGAGAGAAACCAAAACCCCAUAAUGCACUGCACGCUGCGGGGCUCAAGUCGUGCAGAUUCAUCAGUUCCUGUUCGGAGGGAUUGUGUGCAAGUGAGCGCUCCCUCACACCCGGACCAGGAGGAAGGCGCAGACAGCACCGCAGAGAGAAGUGCCUUCUUUCUCUGAACCCCGUGGCUGUUUGGCUCACCAGAAGCCAUCUCCGCCUGUGUGCCUCUCCAUGUCAAAGGGGGGCGGCUGCCAAACUAGAACCUGAGGGACAGCCAGGACUCCAAACUUACACGCCACACCAGAGACCGUAGGAUCCACCUUAUCGUGCAGAAAUAUGGAGUCAAAUGCUUAGGACUCUUAUCAUUUAACCGCGCGGGUUAGAAGACUACUUUUUUUUAAGUUAUUCUUUUUUUUAUUGAGUUAAAUCAUCUCAUCAUGGGCCAAUGUGGUUGAUGUUUUCACCAAGAUAGACACCGACGUCCAUGGCCUCCAGCUGACUUGGCUGCAGGGAACUCAGUGAUAGGCAUCAAGUUUGAGGAUGGAUUGUAGGUGCUAGGAGCGUCCGCAGCCACACAGGCUCCAGCUUUGGUUCAACCCUGCAAGACGUUACCACACAACCAAGGAUCUUUCCCAUGUCAUUUACUUAUCCCGCUCCAUCCUCGCUCCCUCGAUCAUCCGAAGCGCACAGAGACACACUUCAUUCCAAGAGCGGGAUAUCCAUUACCCUUAAGCACCUUCACCUGCUCGCUCGAAAAUGGCAGUGAAUGUGACACCAAUCCGGGACACAAAGUGGCUGACAUUGGAGGUUUGUCGGGAAUUCCAGCGAGGGACGUGUUCGCGGCCCGACAGUGAGUGCAAGUUCGCCCACCCUGCCAAGAGCUGUCAAGUGGAAAAUGGCCGAGUCAUUGCCUGUUUUGACUCGCUGAAGAGCCGCUGUUCUAGGGAGAAUUGUAAAUACCUGCAUCCGCCGCCCCAUCUGAAGACCCAGCUGGAGAUCAAUGGGAGGAACAAUCUCAUCCAGCAGAAAAACAUGGUGAUGCUGGCCCAGCAAAUGCAGCUGGCCAACGCCAUGAUCCCCGGCACGCAGCUGCAGCCAGUGCCCAUGUUUUCAGUCACCCCCAGCCUUGCAACCAACGCCAAUGCUGCUGCAGCAGCGGCCGCUGCAUUUAACCCGUACCUUGGUCCUGUGUCGCCUGGCCUGAUGCCUGCCGACAUCUUGCCCAGCGCCCCUGUACUGGUCACCAGCAACCCAAGCAUCCCUGUACCUGUUGCAGCUGCUGCUGCUGCACAGAAGCUAAUGAGAACAGACAGACUGGAGGUGUGUCGGGAAUACCAGAGAGGAAACUGCACACGCGGGGAGAACGACUGCCGCUUCGCCCACCCGGCUGACAGCACCAUGAUCGACACCAACGACAACACGGUCACUGUUUGUAUGGACUACAUCAAAGGUCGCUGCUCCAGGGAGAAGUGCAAGUACUUUCACCCGCCGGCUCACCUGCAGGCCAAGAUCAAGGCGGCCCAACACCAAGUCAACCAGGCGGCGGCGGCGGCAGCCAUGACUCAGUCGGCUGUCGAAUCGCUGAAGCGACCCCUCGACGCAACUUUUGACCUGGGCCUCCCUCCAGUUUUGCCUCCUUUACCAAAGAGACCUGCACUUGAAAAAGCCAACGGUGCCAACACAGUGUUCAACGCUGGCGUGUUCCAGUACCAACAGGCCCUGGCCAACAUGCAGUUUCAGCAGCAGGCAGCCUUCAUCCCAUCAGGCUCCAUAUUGUGCAUGACACCUGCAACAAGUGUGGUACCCAUGAUGCACGGUGCUACUCCAGCUACAGCCGCCACCACAUCUGCCACAAGUGUCCCCUUUGCAACUGCAACAGCCAAUCAGAUUCCAAUAAUAUCUGCCGAGCAUCUGACUAGUCACAAGUAUGUGACCCAGAUGUAGGAGUCCCAACCUGAACAAUGGAACUGGAGCAAGCUGAUGUUGAGUCCAAGAUGAGCUGUCACCCUUCAUAUCUCCAACAUCCGCCCUGGAAAUGGAACCCGGACACAGGACUGGUUUGAAAACAGACCUGCAUGUUAACACGGGGUGUUCCGGUUGUUUUCACUGACGUCACACACACACACACACACACACACACACACACACACACACACACACACACACACACACACACACACACACACACACACACACACACACACACACACACACACACACACUCACGCACCAGAGACCAUGAGUGACGUUCAAGGACAUUCUAAUGCUCUUAAUUCAACCGACACACUUUGAAUGUUCAAAUUUGGUUUUAAAAAACAAAGAAAAAAAAAACCCUACGUGUUGGUCAUCGUGUCCGAUGAUGUCGUGCGUCCUGAGACCAAGAUGGUUUGGUUUGUGGGUUUAAUGUGUAUUUGUUUCUGUGUUUACACAAAGAGUGAUCCAUGUAUUUCAGUUGUGGUCUCACUUUAAUUCUUAGCUGAAACAGAAAAAGGGAAACUUGAAAGUUCUGAAUGUCUUUUUUAACUUAAUCACAUGUUGACUAUUGUUGAGCUGUUUAGUCUGAAGGUCACUGAACACCAAAUUCUCCUGUUUCUUUUGAGUGUGGUUUUAAAGAAUGAGCUUCGAGCCAAGUAUCCAGGAUCAAGAGAAAAAUGCUGUUUUCACCCACAUGUUGAUGUCAGUAGAUUUUGCAGGAUAACAAAAUCUAUUUAUUCAAAUUAUGCAAACUUUAGACUUCAUCCUUUAUUUUGCAGUGCUGUGUAGUGAAAACUGAGUUGAUAGAUGGCAGUUAAGUGUAACUGAACCCUUGAAGUCUUAAUGUCCGAGUCAGACAACUAAGAACAUCCAACUAUGUCACAGCCAAUGGAUUAACUAUGCGCGCAGGCACUUUAGAACACAGAAGAUCUGGUAGUUUCACCAAAUACUGAUUGUCACCGACUCAUGAUGUAGUUCUGACUCUUUUUAUCGGUGAGCGUCUGAUGGCUGUCGACGGUCCCCACAGGCUGGUGCAUUUACCAAACCACAACAUUUGCAAUGAGCAGGAAGUGAAGCAGGAAACCUGAAGUGGAGAAACUCAAGAUUGUCCCUGUAUUUUCCACCAAGGUUCACAGGAAGCAACGAGCCUGGAAAUAUACUUGCUUUGACUGUGGAAACCAGUUCUUGAAAGAACAAAACUAUAUACAUAGUUAUGAUCAUUAACACAAAUCAUAAAGUGGGUCAAUGACUUUGAGUUAAACCCUUUUUCCCCCACCAAUUCAUUUAUUUAUUCAUGAAGCUUUUGAACCAAAAUUGACAGCAGUGAGCUCAAUUUGACAGCAGGUGGCAGGCUCUCACUUGGACCACACACACACACUAGCUCACACUGCAGCACUUUCUCGCAAGAAAGUAUAAAAUCCUAAAAUGAUUUCAGGGUUUUGUGGCAGAGCAGCAAAAAAAGUAGAAAAAAACAGUGAAGGACCACCACUAAUAAAGACACCUUAGAGAAACAAUGAAUCAGUGUGGAAAAUUUUGGCAUUUACAGAAUUGGUGACAAUUGAAACUUUAGUUUUCAAUCAUGAAAAGUAAAUUUCUCUCCAAUAAGCAGUCGUCUAUUCUUAUGUCCGGCCGGAGUGUGCGACUUGACGUCUGCCAGCAAUGUCUUUAUCACUGAAAAACAUGCCAUGAUGUGUUAAUCGUUUGUUUCUAUGUUUCCACUUCAUACGUUUGAUCAUAGUUCAUCUAUAAAAAGAUAAUUUUUCUGAAGUCGUGGCGGCUCUCAUUUCAGCCGUGGUGGUGUGCCGCGCUUGUUCACAUGUAGUGGAAACCCUGGAUUUGUGGAUCCAGGUGGUAGUUCGGAUCACCACCGAAGAUUCAUCCUUGGGUCCAUUUUCAACAUUUCCUGGAGUUUUUUAUUGAAAUCUGUUCAUCUGUUGAGUUAUUUUGCUGACAGAUGCAGACUGUCACACAACCUCUUUCAUGGAGGUAGUAAAGCCUCGUAGUAAAAACGAGAAAAGCACUGAGCGCAAAGUUCUGCCAAGCAGCUUCAGUCCACCCCAACACAAUCUAACAAAGACAAGGCAUCUUUCAAAAAUAAAAUCCUUUAAAUCAAUUCCAGUGGUCCGGAUCACGCCCAAGAUGGAGCCAUUUGUUCCUCAUCCCAUUUCACAUAUUUCAUGAACAUUUGUCCAAAUCCAUCCAUGACUUAUUUGAGGCACAGACAAACCAACGCCAUGAUGUCCUUGAUGAUCCAAAAAUAAGCAAUGAAGGAGGAGGCCUGGCACAGAACUUUUAACAGUGACUCAACUGCAAAAUAAGAAAAAUAAAUCACCGAGAUGGAGGUUUCAAGGAUCUAAUGGCACUGGGCAGACCAGGGUCAAGGUGCCUCUGCCAAUGAAGAAUUUCCUUAAAAGGACUAAAACUUAACUCCCUGAGUGGGCAGUGAGAGCACGGAAUCCCCGUGGGCCACCAGGAAUUAUGGAGUCCUGUAAAGUGUGUCAAAAAAGUCAUGUGAACUGAACCCCUGAACCGACGGCUAAAAACUGAUCCAGAUUACAUGCAAAAUGCGUUGCUUCGUCCGUUUCCGGAAAAUUUCAUCCAUAUCUGUCCCUAACUUUUCAAGUUCUUUUGUACGCAGACUGACAAACCCACAUUGUGGAAAACUAUGGACAGUUGUAGACAUCGCUCAGAAGUGAAACUGGAACUGGUUUGCUCAGUUGCAGUUACAAAGCUAAAGUUCGCCAUCUUUCAUCUUGUUUUUUCUCGCAAGAGCAGAUUGAAAUAAGUUUGAGUGCCCUCUUUUGGUGGGAGCACAGCUGACCUGGGAGAAACCAGACAGCUGCUUCUAUUGAGAGCAGUUCCUAUGUUGAAAAGCAAGUAUAUUUCUGGCUCUUACAUAUGAAUGUAUCGUAUGAGAUUCAUGAGAUCCUUGGCGUCGUGUCGAGACAUGAAACGUGUCUCUAUGUUGUUUCAAGUGUCGAAUGCAAGCAUUUCUUCAAAACACGUUCAAAAUCCAAAGUGUAAAUGUUACGGUUGGGUCAGCUUUCGAGGUCGUGCUGAGGCUGAGUAGAUGUUCUCAUUUCCAACAUGUCUCCUGUUUGUAUUUAAUCGGUGUCGAGAAUGUGGAAGGAAUCGAAACGAUUGUAUUUCUCAUCAAAGCCUUAGAAUGUACCAUCGGGUCAGCACAACGCCAUUAAGUACCAUCCAGAUGCCUAACUCUCACCACAUCCACACGCAGAGCACUCGACUGCUUUGUUGUCUUAAUGUUUAUUCAAAUGUGCUGUUUUAGGAGUCUAUUGUUUGAGCACAUUCUAUUUAUCUUUCUUAAAAAAAACAAACUAAACAUAAAGGUUGUGUGUUCGUGUGUGUUACUGCACCGAAAAUUCCAUGUUCCGUUUGAUUGUAUCUUCAUGUUGAACUGUCGUGUUCAUUUCACCGAGUCCUUGUCGUGUGUAUGUUCUUUGAACAAAGAUGUUUUAUAUCUAACAGUGAUAAUAAUAAUAGAGCAGCAAGGCCGGGUUGUUGUCAUAGCGACCGUUGCCAAGUGAUAUUUUAUUGACUGUAUGGUUUGUAACUAGUCAGAUAAGAUUAAAAAGAAUAUAAUCUAGUUGCUAGAUGUUUAGACUGAAGAUGUUAUUUUCUACUGUAUCCAUUUCAAUUAAUAAUAACAAUGACUCAUGUUUUCAUAUUUUUACUCUCCCUGGAAAUCGGGCCAUGUUGGAAAACAAGCUGCAUAUUGAAUCACGUUAACGUGAGCGUUGCUGUCGGGACGGAGAUCGAUGAGGAGGAGCGACCUUUCCUAGUCGAGGUGCGGUGCUGAAGUGAUGAAGCUGAUCGAGGUUGACUUUUUUGCACUUCUGUACAUAGUCAAAAAAGAGAGAAUCAUGUAUAUUGAGAUCUUAUUUUGAAUAAAAAAAAAAAGUGUCUAUAACGACAAGGAAUUUUGCUAGGACAACAAAAAUAUCUUAUGAAAGGCUGAACAAAAUCGCUUGCAUCAAAAAGGGAGUUCUUGACUCCGCUUUUUGGAAAAAGGCUGAAGUGUCGCUCUUCUUUUUUGUCAGCAGCUUGUAGUUUGCCAGAUAAACUUCCGGCAAAACUGGCCUGGAUGGGUUGGUCUGGUUCGCCGCUGCGUUCUCGUGGAGCACAACUGUCUCCAUACAGACUUGGAUAGGUCCCACUGAAGUUUCCCCCUAUUGGUCGUGUUUCAGCAGGACCGCAUUGCGAUAGCAACGGAAGCGCCUUUUAAAAAUGAUUUUGAAGAAUCCACAGUCACGCUACCAUGAAACCCGAUUUUCCCAUGCAUUUGUGGACAAAGAAAUUGGCAUCUGAAACACACAGACGUAUCUGUUUAGCAUAUAUUAACAGUUGACUCAUCAAAUCUCUUGGUACUGUCUAGCGUUUUAUUUUAAAGAUUAUUUCGACAAUUUAAAAAAGAAAACCCUUAUUAUUUGAGCAACUUUAUGGAUCCUUUCACUCAUUCAUUUCUGACCGUAUAUUCCCAUAACAGGGGUGGAGCCUAUCCCAGAGUUGGGGUUCACCCCGAGCUAGUUCACAUAUAGACAAACACUCUGACAAAUUGUAGUCAGAAAUUAACCUCUGUAUGUCUGACUGAGGGACAAACUCAAAAAGAGUCAAGUGCCCAAUUCAGAGUUUCCUAAACCUGGAUUGAACUAACCUGAACUAACCACUGUUCCACCAUGCAAGACACUGAUAAAACAUCCUGAAAAACAAACAUCACUCAAAAGAUCUUUGUUUUAUGUGAUCAGAAAAAAACAUUAUAAUAGAAGACCCAGUGUUGAGUUAACUCAGAGUUAACUAAUUCAGAGCCAAAUGUGACUCCUGAGACGAAGGGAACCCAGCUGGCGUGUCAUGAUCAAACCCUGCCAGGCCAAAACCAACCAAACACAACUUGUCCUGUUUCUUUACUCUGAGGAAUGCAUGUUUAACAAACUAUACAGAAAAAGAUAAAAAACCAUAACACAGUACUAUUGAGUAAGAAAAACGCAGACAGAUGUAUUCACAAUAUUCAAUAUUCUAUCAAUGUAAAGGAGUAAAAUCUAUAUAAAACAUACAAAAAUAGAAUAGUGUUUCAUUUAAAAGGGAAAAAAAAGAAGAAAAAAAAAGAGUAUAUUCACUAAAGUUUCACACUUGGAGGUAAAAAUACAUGCAACACAAACACCUUAGCGAUAAGUUUGUUCUUUAUGUUGAUAUACGCUGUGCUUUUAGCAGAUGAAGCAGACGGAACUAUUUAUUUUUGGUUUGGUUGAGGUAGGUCCGGCUCAUCUCCCAAAAGCACACCCUUCUGAUAUACUGUAAACUGAACACUUGGGUUUGUUUGCUCUGCUUGAAGUGCUACUAUGAUGUAUUCUGUCUUCUGCGGUUUGUUUCUGCUCGUUUAACUGUUCCAGACCCCACGGAAAGAUCACGUGAGCCUGGCGGUUGCAAGCCAUAACUACGUCAAAUGAAAAAUGAGCGGUAUCUCUGAAGAUUAUUUAUCGUAAUAGCAGGUCGGAAUAUUACAUGGGUGACAGUGCGCCGGUCCAAGAUGAGCUCCGGGCUAUUUUUCCAUGGGGUCUGUUCGGCUAUAUUUGAUUCUUGCUGUUAUGAAAUUUGAAAAUAAAAUAAA